GAGGGAGGAGGGGAAUACUUAAAGAGUAAGGAAGAAUGUAUUGGAGGAUAGGAUCAUACAAAAGCUGAAGCUUGGUGGAAGGGUGAUGAGGCUUGUUUUUCUGAAAGCAUCAGCUGCUUCUCACCAUUGGUGGAAACAUACUCUCAGUUAGAUGAACUGAAAUGCACUUGUUUCUCAUGUUAGACACACUGAGCGACAGAAGUAAAAGAUCUAAGUGCAGUGAUUUGGAGUUUUGAACUGAUCUUCAUGGCGCAAUGGGCACUAAUGGGUUCAUGAUUCAAGUGGAGGCAUGGUUCACUUAACCAAAUGAAGCCCAAAACCCUAACUGACCCCUAAUUGAGCUUGGAUUCGAGUCAAACCUCAGCUGGAUAUGAACUUAGGGUUUAAUGAGCCAAAACCCUAGGUAUUUAAAGGAUAUUUUGGCACGGUGAACAGUGAGCUCGCGCUACUGUUCAUCGUGCCAGUUUCUUGACGGCGCGGUCGCAGCUCCUCCCUUCAUCCAGAUCCGAGAUUCAGCUUGUCCUCAUCGGCGUGGAGUUCCUCAGCCUCCGGCGACCAGAUUCCGACCAUCAGGCGUCGCCGGUGAGUUGAUUUUUCAGCCGCAGCACUGUAGAAGAGAUUCGCGAUUUUUCAUCCCUCGUCGGCGGUGGUCCUCCGAUUUGGGUUCCGUUCAUCCACAGAGUCAAAGGCGGUGUUCCUCCGUAGACUCUGGUCCAAUCCCGACACCAAACCAUCAACCAUAGCUUCCAUUCCAGGCGGCGCUGCAGAGUUUCAGCUCGUUUACGAUUUCUGUGAGCACUUGAGGAAACCUGAGCUUAGCCAGUAGCUGGGAGACUCCAUACUGAUCUCUGUCGGAGUGUUCUCUGCAGGUUCUUUGUGUGACGGCCAAGAGAAGACAACUUGAUUCGAGUUUUGGGUGUCUUCCUUUGCAACAUUGCUUGAACUAGACCCGGAGAUUGAAAGAACCUUUUGGGUUUUAAGGAGACAAGCUAGGUCAGCAGCAACUUGUGAGAGUAGAAUUUCAGAGAUGGAUAAUCAGAUAACAGAAGGAGAUCGAACUAUGAAAGAGCUUGCAGCACCAGAUGUGGCUUAUAAGUACUCAUGCAUCACUUAUCCAGAUUUGGCAGGAGAUUUUGAACUCAGAUCAGGACUUAUUCAUCUGCUUCCCAAAUUUCAAGGCUUAUCAGGAGAGGAUCCCAACCGUCAUCUACAUGAAUUCCAUGUGGUUUGUUCCACCAUGAAGCCACAAGGGAUUUCAGAAGAAGACAUUAAGUUGAGGGCUUUUCCAUUCUCUUUGACGGGAGCAGCUAAAGACUGGUUAUAUUGCCUUCCAGCUGGAUACAUUACAAGUUGGAUUGAUAUGAAGAGAGCAUUUUUGGAGAAAUUUUUCCCAGCUUCUAGGACUGCAACAAUUAGGAAGAGCAUUUGUGGUAUUCAACAAGUAGUGGGAGAGACACUUUAUGAUUAUUGGGAGAGAUUCAAGAAGCUGUGUUCGAGUUGCCCACAACAUCAAAUUAGUGACCAGCUCCUUGUUCAAUAUUUUUAUGAGGGUUUACUUCCUAUGGAUAGGAGCAUGAUAGAUGCAGCAGCUGGAGGAGCUUUGGUGAAUAAGACUCCAAAUCAAGCAAGAGAGUUAAUUUCAAAUAUGACAGAAAAUUCACAGCAAUUUGGGAGUAGAGCUCUUGGGACUAGAGUGGUUAAUGAAACUCAUUUGGUUUCGAAUGAGCAACAAGAAAUUAGAAACAAUUUGCAAGAAUUGACCUCUCUAGUGAAGCAAAUGGCGUUGCAAAAUUCGAGUCAUGUUUCAAAUUUUCCUUUACCAAUGAUGAAGUUGUGUGGAAUUUGUUCAAGCCAAGAUCAUUCUUCGGAUCAUUGCCCAAAUCUACAUCAAGAUGAAUCUGUUGCAGCAAUUUCAAGACCUCAAUUUCAGCAACACAAGUAUGAUCCCAACUCUUCAACAUAUAAUCCGGGAUGGAGGGAUCAUCCUAAUUUGAGGUAUGGGAACACAUUUUAUCAGCAGCCAACACAAAAUCAGAUUGGUCAGCCAUCAUUUCAACAUCAGCAGAAUCAACAUUAUUUCCAGAACCAUCCAGCAGUUCAUUCUCAGCAAAAUCAGCACUUCCAGCAGUCACAAUUUCAGCAAAACUUCAACCAAAAUCAGCAAUUUCAACCAUUUCAUAAUUUUCAGCAUUCGAAUGUUGCAUUUCAACCACAAUUUCAGAAUGCACAGAACCAGCAAAACCAUUAUCAGCAAAUUCAGCAACCUGUGCAGAAUUUCCAGCAGCCAAGCAGUUCGAAUCAGCAUCAAUUUCAGCUUGCACUUCCAUCUUCUACAAGUCCUAGAUCAAUGCAACCUCAGCAGAAUUCUAGUAGCUCAAAAAUUGAGGAUUUGAUGCAGCAAGUGCUUCAACAACAACAACAAAUGAUGCAACAGCAGCAACACCAGCAAAGAACUGAUACAACGCUGCAAAACAUUGAAAGGCAGAUUGGGCAACUUGCUAGCAACAUCAAUCAAAUGCAGAACCAAGGAUCUGGGCAGUUACCUUCACAACCGACUCCGAAUCCUAAGGGAAAUGUGAGUGCAUUAACUCUUCGAAGUGGUAAAACAAUUUCAGACCCAAAUUCGAAUUUUUCAGCUAGAUCACAGCAAGGCAUAUCCAGGACAGCUUCAGAUUUGACUCAACAGAAAUUCCAGAAUUUUCCAGCAAAUUCAGAGCAGCCAGAUUCUGCACAGAAUGGGAUUACUGGAUUUGAUCAGCAACAUUUCAAUCAACCAGAAGUUUCAGAUUUUGAUCAAACUGAUGGAGCAGAUUUCGGCUUAGAAUUAACUCCACCAGCAGCUUCAAAUUAAGCUCCAAAUUCAGCACAGAAUCUGGAAAAUUCUGCACAGAAUCAGGAUAGAACUUUUAACCAGCAAGGAGCUAAGCAUUCCACUCCAUUACCUUUCCCUCAAAGAAGUGUACAAUCAAGAAAAGAAAUGGAGGAAGAAAAGGCUAGGGAAUAUCAAGAAUUGGUGAAAUUAUUCAACAAGGUUGAAGUGAAUGUGUCUUUGCUUACCAUGAUUAAGCAAAUUCCAAAAUAUGCCAAAUUCCUCAAGGAUCUUUGUGUGCACAAAAAGAAAUUAAAGGGGAAUGAAUUGAUAAGUAUGGGAAAGAAUGUUUCAGCAUUACUUCAGCCAGUUCCUCAGAAGUGUGAAGAUCCAGGAGUUUUCACCGUGCCUUGUGUUAUAGGAGAUUGUAUUUUUGAGGAUGCGAUGUUAGAUCUUGGAGCUUCUAUUAAUGUGAUGCCUAAAUCAGUUUUUCAGUCAUUAAGAAUUGGACCUUUGUAGCCUACAGGUGUAGUGAUUCAGUUGGCCAAUAGAAGUCAAGCACACCCAGCUGGAGUGAUAGAAGAUGUAUUGGUAAAAGUGAGGGAGUUAAUUUUUCCUGCAGAUUUUUACAUCUUAGACAUGGAGGGUGAUGUGCUUGCAAACAGGGCUCCGCUUAUUCUUGGACGUCCAUUCUUGAAGACUGCUAGAACGAAGAUUGAUGUGCAUGCUGGGACUCUUUCUAUGGAGAUAGGAGGCACAGUGGUUAGAUUCAGCAUUUUUGAGGCUAUGAAGCAUCCUAGAGAGGAUCAUUCUAUACUUAGCGUGGAUAUCUCAGAGGAGUUGGAUGGCAUGGAUUUCUUGUCAGAUAUUGAUUCAGAUUUGGAGGUUUCUGAUUUUGGCCAAGAGAAUGAGAUUGUUUCUUUGUUGGAAGAGAUUUUAGAGGUGGAAGGAAGUGGUAGUUCAAGUGAAUGCGUAGGGGAUUGCUUAGGAGAAGCAUUACCCCAAGGAUCGCCCAGACAGAAAGAAUUAUGCGUAGGGGAUAGCUUAGAAGAAGCUCUACCCCUAGGAUCGCCUACAGUUGACCCGACGCAGGAGGAAUUGAAGUCAUUGCCUCAGCAUUUGAAGUAUGCCUAUUUGGGAGAAAAUCAGCAGCUACCUGUCAUCAUAGCUUAGAAUUUGGAACCGGAUCAGGAGGAACGAUUGUUAGAGAUUCUGAGACAGCAUAAAAAGGCCAUUGGAUGGACUCUGGCAGAUAUUCCUGGGAUCAGUCCUUCCAUUUGUAUGCAUAAGAUUUACUUAGAGGAGGAUGUAAGGCCAGUGAGACAGCCACAGAGACGACUAAACUCAUUGAUUUUGGAUGUUGUAAAGAAGGAGGUGACUAGACUCUUACAGGCUGGUAUCAUUUAUCCGAUUUCUGACAGUAAAUGGGUCAGUCCCAUCCAUGUGGUUCCGAAGAAGUCAGGGGUGACAGUGGUAGCUAAUGAAGAGAACGAACUGGUGCCCACGAGAGUAAAGAAUUCCUAGAGAGUAUGUGUGGACUAUAGGAAGCUGAACCAAGCAAGCCGAAAGGAUCAUUAUCCACUUCCUUUUAUUGAUCAGAUGUUGGAGAGGUUGGCAGGUAAAUCCCAUUAUUGUUUUCUUGAUGGGUACACUGGUUAUUUUUAGAUUUGCAUCGACCCAGAGGACCAGGAGAAGACUACCUUCACCUGCCCUUUUGGUACAUUCGCGUAUCGUAGGAUGCCAUUUGGACUGUGCAAUGCUCCAUGUACUUUUCAACGAUGCAUGGUGAGUAUUUUUGGUGAUUUAUUAGAGCAUUGCAUGGAAGUAUUCAUGGAUGAUUUUUCUGUUUAUGGCUCUUCUUUUGAUGCAUGUUUGGAAAACUUGUCUCGAGUUUUGAGUAGAUGUAUCGACACGGAUUUGGUUUUAAAUUUUGAAAAGUGUCACUUUAUGGUAGAGCAUGGCAUUGUUUUAGGUCAUAUAGUCUCUAGGAAAGGCAUUGAAGUAGAUCCUGCUAAAGUUAGUGCUAUAUCUUCUUUAUCUUACCCCGCAUGCGUGCGGGAGGUGCGAGCUUUUCUUGGUCAUGCAGGAUUCUACAGGAGAUUUAUUAGAGACUUCAGUAAGAUUGCUCUACCAUUGUCUCAGCUACUUCAGAAGGAUGUUUUAUUUGAUUUCGAUCAGAGGUGCAGAGAAGCUUUUGACAGAUUGAAGGAGGCUCUUACUUCAGCACCUAUUAUCAGACCCCCAGACUAGUCCUUACCUUUCGAGUUGAUGUGUGACGCUUCAGAUUAUGCAGUGGGAGCUGUACUAGCACAGAGAGUGGAUGGAGCACCCCAUGUUAUUUGCUAUGCUUCCAAGACUUUGGACUCAGCUCAAGCAAACUACACAACAACAUAAAAAGAGCUUCUUUCUAUUGUUUUUGCUUUAGAUAAGUUCAGAUCAUAUCUUCUUUGUUCUCAUGUGAUUAUUUUUUCUGAUCAUGCAGCUUUGAAGUAUCUCCUCAAGAAGCCUGAUGCAAAGCCUAGAUUAAUCAGAUGGAUGCUCCUGCUUCAAGAAUUCGACGUAGAGAUACGUGAUAGGAGCGGGAAGGAGAACUUGGUUGCAGAUCAUUUGAGCAGGAUUGAAGGAGAUUUGGACCAUUCGGCCAUUGAUGAUGAUUUCAGAGAUGAGCAGCUUCUACAGCUACAAGGUGAGUCUCCAUGGUAUGCAGAUCUAGUGAAUUUCUUAGUUGCACAUGUUUAUCCCAAACAAUUUUCAAAAGCUCAAAAAGAUAAAUUAAAAAGUGAUUCAAAAUUCUAUGUUUGGGACGAUCCUUACUUGUGGAAGUUUUGUAGUGAUCAGAUCAUUAGGAGAUGCAUACCUGAUUCUGAGUUUCAGUCUGUACUUACUUUUUGUCAUUCUUUUGAGUGUGGAGGACAUUUUGGACCACAAAGAACUGCUAGGAAAAUAUUAGAAUGUGGUUUGUAUUGGCCUACCCUUUUUCGUGAUGCCUAUGCUUUUUAUCGAUCAUGUGAUAGGUGUCAACGAACUGGGAACAUAGGACUUAGAAAUGAAAUGCCUCAACAAUUUAUAUUAUUUUGUGAGAUUUUUGAUAUUUGGGAUAUUGACUUUAUGGGUCCAUUUCCUACCUCUUUUGGAUUUGCAUAUAUUUUAUUGGCAGUUGAUUAUGUUUCCAAAUGGGUGGAGGUCAUUCCCACUCGGACUGAUGACUCUUCUGUUGUUGUUAGUUUUGUCAGGUCUCACAUAUUUUGCAGGUUCGGAGUACCCAGGGCGAUCAUUAGUGAUCAAGGGUCUCAUUUUUGUAACAGACACAUGAAGGCUUUGCUACAUAAGUACGGGGUUACACAUAAAGUUUCUACAUCCUAUCAUCCUCAAACAAAUGGGCAAGCAGAAGUGUCUAACAGGGAGGUGAAAUCAAUUCUUGAAAAGACUGUGAGACCGGAUAGAAAGGAUUGGAGCAAAAGACUUGAAGAUGCACUAUGGGCUUAUAGGACCGCUUUCAAAACCCCUAUUGGAAUGUCCCCUUACAGGAUUGUAUAUGGAAAAGCAUGUCAUUUGCCUGUGGAGGUUGAACAUAGAGCGUGUUGGGCGGUUAAAGCAUGCAAUCUUGAUAGUGACACGGUUGGAGAAGAAAGGAAGUUGCAACUUCAAGAACUUGAAGAGAUUAGAUUGGAAGCCUUUGAGAACUCACGGAUUUACAAAGAAAAGGCCAAGAGAUUUCAUGACAAACAAAUUGAAGUGAAAGAGUUUCAAAUUGGUGACAAAGUACUUCUAUAUCGAUCUCGUCUCAAAUUGAUUAAAGGCAAGUUGAGAUCUAGAUGGGAAGGACCUUAUUGUGUUACUAAUGUCUUCUUUUAUGGAGUGGUUGAGAUCCAGGAUAUGUCUACUGGCCGAAUUUUUAAAGUUAAUGGACAAAGACUUAAAAAGUUUCAUGAAGAAGUGAAGGGCUUGGUGGUAGAGGAAAUGGAACAUGUUGAUGCUAUCUACCCGAGUUAGAGGGGAGUUUCACUUUAUCUUUUGUUUCUUUGCAAAUUAAUAAAUUUUAGGUGUAGGUAGUUUUCUUAUUUGUUUAGGUAAAAUUUCGGUUUCAUUUAGAAUUUUCUUGCAUAAAUAAAUUUUGAGUUACAUUAGUAAUUUUUAUUUUUGCAUAGUUAUAGUUUUGGAAUUUAGGUUUUAUGAUAGUUACCAUUUCUUUAAGCUUGAUAGUCUUUGUUUUAGGAAUAAAUGGUACUUCCUUCUUUUGACAUUUCCUUGUAUCAUUUUAAGGGAUUUGAAAAGGAAUGUUAAAUUUGGCUAUCAAGUUUAAAGAUUCUAUAACAUGAUUGAAUUCUAGAAUUGCAAAGGGUUGAUACUAGUGAUGGAUUCUUGAUUGAUGAAAUGGUAUGAUAACUUUUAUUUACCUAGUGAGGUUUGAGCCUAUUUGAGUGAUGCACUUGUAGCUUAUUUCACUCUAGAACUUGCUUCAAAUCUGAUUUUUACCUCUAGAGCAGUAUUGAGUCAUAUUUCAUGAAAUUUACUCCAUUAUUACAUUGCCCUCACCUAUUUUUGCUAUUCUUCUUGUCAUAAAUCAUCAUAUCUUUGAUCUUUUCUCAUGUCUUAUUCUUUGGAUGUGGAUACCUUGAAUGUUAUGUGAUGAUUUUAUUUUGGUCGGGACGGACAAAUGAGUAAGUGUGGGGGAGGUGUUUAGUUUGAAAAUGGAGUUCUUUUGUGCCGGAAUCAGAAUGUAUCAAGUUGAAAAGAGGAAGCACAGUGAAAGUUUGUUGAGUGGAAGUUUGAAAUUUACUCUUAGUGUUUGAUUGAAAAUCUUGUGAACAGAUUGAAUUUCGGGAGCUGUGGAAAAGUGCAGAAAUUCAAGUGCAGUGCUGAAAUGUUGUAUCAGUUUUGUAUCAAAUUCAGCUUUGCAAAAUUCGAAAUGAAGGAAGCUGAAUUGAAAUUCUUUUAUUUCCAGCAGCUAAUUGUGUUUACUUCCUUCCCAUUCUUUACAAAUUGCUGGAUGGAAUUCUGAAAUUUCAGCAAACUUCUAAGUGAUGUUAUUGGCUAAAACAAGAUGAAAAUCAAGCUAUUGUUGGAUUAAGUGAUUGUGAAGCUUUAUGGAGAUAAUUGUUGAAGCUUGAAUUGAGUAAGCAGUAACAUCAGUUGAAGAUGUCAAGUGUGUAAAGUUGAAAUUCAGAAUUUGAUGAGAUGCAGAAAUGACAGCUCUGAAAAGAAUUGGAAAGAUGUGCAGUUAGGAAUGAAUGAAGUAUCAAGAAUUAAGCAAUGGUCCCAAGGAGAAAAGAAGCUCAGAUGAAGUGCUGAAACAUGAAGUAACAAAAGGGAUAUUGGCAUUAAUAGCUUCUAUUGAGAUUCAUUAACAACAAAACAAAGAGAAGGAUACUUGAAGGGAGUAUAGUGCAGAAUUUUCAGCAAGUACAGUGUGUGCAGAAAUGACAGUUUUAUGAUUAUUGGGAGAUGAAUUUGAACCAUUGGGAGAUGUUGAAACCUUGAUAGAUUGAUACAAAGGGCAGCAUUUGAAGAUAAACUGAAUUCAGCAAUGCAAAAUGCAGUUUUGCAGGAAAGGCAGAAUUCAGAAGGUGCAGAAUUGCAGGAAAAAUGGCAGUUUUGUGCCAAUUUGGAAUGAGAAUUGUGAUGAGCCAGGGCUGCUGGAAAAUGGAAGGUCUUUGGAUAUGCAUUGUAAAAGGUUUGUAGAGACAAGAGGAAGGAGUAUUGAAAAUUUUUUGUGGCUGAACAUGUUAGAUUGAUACAAAGUCUAGCAUUGAAGGAAAUCUGAAGCUAGCAGUGCGGAAUGAAGUUUAAGGGGCUAAUGACCAUAGCAAAAUCUGAAACCUAGCUGCCACUUAGUAUUGAUAAUUGGUUAUCCUUCUUCUCCAGAGUUUACAAGAUUUAAGACAAGGAAUUGGAUACCAAAAUAGGGAAGAUAAAGCUGUAAACUGAAGAAGAUUGAAUCAAAACUGCAGCUUGAUAUUUUGGACUGUUAAUGCAGUGAGAAAAAGUAAAUCCAAGCUGAAAUUUUUGUGCCAUUGGAGAACAAGAGGUGGAGUCUUGAAUUCGUACCAUUGUUGAAGAGGAUGCUUAGAGAAAAGAAGUGAAUAUCUGAAAAAGAAACUGAAUUCUGAUUUAAAUGCAGAAAAGUUUUGUGACACAGGUAAUGUGCUGAUUUGUGCCAAACUUUUGGUUAUUCAAGCCUGAAAUGAAUGGAGUUAAGCCAUCUUGAUCUAUUAUUAAAUAAGCUAACUACCAAGGCUUAUCAGUUAGGAAAUUUUGGCUGAAAUGUCAUUGAAUCCAAAUCUGAAAAUUCAAGGACAGAUUCAUACACAGGAAAUGAAUGGAGUUGUGGGAACAGAAUUUUAGUUGUUAAGUUCAGUUUCUGAAAAUUGAGGAUACAAUCUGCACUGGAAAUGGAGCGAAGUAAAAGGAAGAGUGCAGAUUGGUGUGCUUGCAAAAACCAAAUCAGCAACAAGAAGCAGUGACAGGAAAAAAAUGCAGAAUUUCAUACUUGGCUGAAAUUGAACAUCACAUAGCAUUUUAAUUCCAUGUCUUCCACCUUGAGUUGAACUUUAUCUUUUUAUUUGCUCUAACAGAAUUAACUCUUCCAUUUACAUCCUAAAUUGUUUUUCUUCCAAUGGUUGUGAAUUCUCGUGAAUGUGCAUCUUAAUAUCUGUGAUGGAGGAAAAUUAGAUGAGAAGCAAGCUUAUGGUAGUGGAUUUGCUAUGAGUAGCUUGAGACAUCUCCACCAUUGCAAAAUUGAGAUUAGGAUGAGAGCCACUUCAAAUUACCUUGUGAGGGUUAGAAAUGCUAUCAUUUUCAUUUUAUUCAUGAUGGAUGAAGUUUACUAAGUAUUGAACCAAGGUAAAAAUAGAGGUCAUGAAUGUGUGAGUCUAUGAAACUUGAUACUUACAUAUAACUUCCUUUUACUUUCUUUUAGAUAUGAUCAAGAAUAGUUAGGGAAGAAGGUACCAUCUUAGUUGAUAUUUUAGUGGGCUCACUUGCACGGGGCGUGCAAGAAUAAGUGUGGGGGAUUUGAUAAGCUAUGAAUUGACACAUUAAUUUUGGGCUAAUAUUUGGUGUUCUUUAUAUAUUUGCACAUGUUUAAGUCCAAUUUUGAUCAUGUUUCCCCAAACAAGGUUUUUAUGAGCUUUAGGAUAUUUUUCCAUCUUAUGCAUGAUUUAUUUCUCAUUAUGUGAAUUUGGUCUUGUAGGGCACUAAUGGGUUCAUGAUUCAAGUGGAGGCAUGGUUCACUUAACCAAAUGAAGCCCAAAACCCUAACUGACCCCUAAUUGAGCUUGGAUUCGAGUCAAACCUCAGCUGGAUAUGAACUUAGGGUUUAAUGAGCCAAAACCCUAGGUAUUUAAAGGAUAUUUUGGCACGGUGAACAGUGAGCACGCGCUACUAUUCAUCGUGCCAGUUUCUUGACGGCGUGGUCGCAGCUCCUCCCUUCAUCCAGAUCCGAGAUUCAGCUUGUCCUCAUCGGCGUGGAGUUCCUCAGCCUCCGGCGACCAGAUUCCGACCAUCAGGCGUCGCCGGUGAGUUGAUUUUUCAGCCGCAGCACUGUAGAAGAGAUUCGCGAUUUUUCAUCCCUCGUCGGCGGUGGUCCUCCGAUUUGGGUUCCGUUCAUCCACAGAGUCAAAGGCGGUGUUCCUCUGGAGACUCUGGUCCAAUCCCGACACCAAACCAUCAACCAUAGCUUCCAUUCCAGUCUCGCGAUUCCUUUUCCAGGCGGCGCUGCAGAGUUUCAGCUCGUUUACGAUUUCUGUGAGCACUUGAGGAAACCUGAGCUUAGCCAGUAGCUGGGAGACUCCAUACUGAUCUCUGUCGGAGUGUUCUCUGCAGGUUCUUUGUGUGACGGCCAAGAGAAGACAACUUGAUUCGAGUUUUGGGUGUAGGGAUGUUAGAUUUUCGUUGCAGUUUGUUUCUAGCUUAGGCUUUCUUAUUCCUGCAUAUUUGUUUCUGAAUCUGAUAGUUUAUAGUUUGGAUUUAGUUGUAGUUUCAUUUUCUACAUGAAUUUGAUAUGCUAGUUUUGUUUU